CGUCACGCCGACCGCAACCGACGGCCUCUGUCUUGUGUCUCGCGAGAAAGUGGUUUUUCCGCAACGGCAAAAACUUACGUACGCGCCGAGUUGUUUUUGGGGUUUUUAUUUUUCGUUAAAAAGUCUGGUUUUUAAACAUUUUUUUUUUCAAAUAAUAACAUUAAACCCGUUUACGCCAUGCGGUGAGUUAAUUAUACCGUUAUAAUCGUUCGGGUCGUACUUAUCCCCCCUCCCGGUUCCCCUCGGUCCCCCAACGAUCAGCAGCAUUGAAGUCAAGCGAAUGGAGCACGUGGACCACUUGUACGUAAACAGCUUCUCGAGUCGUUUGAGUUGAAUCAAAGAAAAUGUGAUGGGCAACGGUCACGAUGACGGAGCUGGUAAGGUGUGGCUGGCGCAGGUCAUCUGCCGGUUGGUGUACUCCGUGUUCGACCACGGCAACUACAAUGGGUCGACCACCACCAUGGUGACGGCGUUCACGCAGUCCAGUGGACUGUUGUUGUCCGGCUCGCAAAUCGACAUGUUGGACUGCGGCGGCACGUGGACGUUGGACUGCCGGACCGGCGAACGGCCGGACGGUGCGCUCGGCUGCGUCGACUUGCUGUCGCCUCCGGCCAACGUCAGUUUGUACUUGCCGGCGCAGUUGUCGGCCCAUUUCCACGGACAGCCCACCGUGCCCGUCGGUCUGCCGGAAGCGGGCAGAGGCGACUCGGUGACCGUUCGCUGUGACGGCGUGGGCAGCGAGGUCAAGUGCUCGAUGCGCAGCGAGCUCUGGCCAAGACCCCCCGCGCCCCAAGGACGGUACAACUGGAAGUACUUGUUCGCCAUCGUGUUCAUCGCGUCCGGUGCAGUGGGCAACAUUCUGGUUUGUCUGGCUAUUUGCUUGGACCGGCAACUGCAAAACGUCACCAACUACUUCUUAUUGUCUCUGGCCAUUGCCGACCUGUUGGUGUGUCUGUUCGUCAUGCCGCUCGGAGUCAUUCCCGGUUUUUACGGAGAAUGGCCUCUCGGCGUGGCCUGGUGCAACGUUUAUGUUACAUGCGACGUUUUGGCUUGCAGCUCGAGCAUCAUGCACAUGUGUUGCAUAUCCCUGGGCAGAUAUCUGGGCAUAAGACAUCCACUGCGGACCAGACACCAUUACUCGACCAUGAAGCUAGUGUGUGUCAAAAUCGCCAUCGUCUGGUUCCUCUCGUUUAGCGUGUCGCUGUCGGUCACGCUUCUCGGACUUUAUAACCCGAAGAAUAUAAUGCCGGAGCCAGGGAUGUGCGUGAUCAACAACCGAGCGUUUUUUGUCUUUGGUUCACUGGUCGCUUUCUACAUACCAAUGAUCAUCAUGGUAGUCACGUAUGCCCUAACCGUCCAGCUUUUGAGGAAAAAAGCCAGGUUCCUGUUGGACGACAGUUUUGUGGACGGUCGAAGAAACGGCAAGGCCGCAGAGCCACAUCUAUUCAGGCGGUUGGGGGGUCGGUUUUCAGCCAACAAAAAUCAGAACACCUCCUCCAGAAAUGAACACACGGGAAAAAAGAACAAACACUGUGAUCAAGACAUUCAGACGGCGGAUACAGUGUCCGCUUCCAGCAACGAUUCAAGAAACUUCCGGUUGAAAACGCUCAGACUUCCGUUGAACAUGAACCCGUCGACAUUGAAUUUGAGGUACAUAAGAUUCCUCGCUAACCGACAAAAGCGCCAAAGCUUAGCAGCCGCCAACGCUGUGAGAACCGAACAAAAAGCGAGCAAAGUAUUGGGAGUCGUGUUCUUCACGUUUGUCUUGUGUUGGUCACCGUUCUUUUUGUUGAACAUUGUUUUCGCUGUGUGUCCAAAAUCCGAUUGCCCUGUACCGGAUCACGUUACCGAAGUUUGCCUGUGGUUGGGAUACGUGUCUUCAACGAUCAAUCCGAUCAUUUAUACGAUUUUCAACAAGACAUUCAGGGCGGCAUUUAUCAGGCUUUUGAAGUGUCGGUGUCACAAGACCAGACCGCAUCGCUACAGGUCGGUGACUGAUAACAGACAUUCUGCGUUGAUAAGUACUCCGUCGGGGGCCGCGGCUGGAGCCGCUAACGUACCUUUGUCGUUGUCACUUCAGACCACACCUUUGACUUCUCCACCGGUCAACAACACGGCAACGUUGAAAAAAACACCGUCUUCGGCUUCGUCGAGUUACCCGGACUCGUUUUCCGUUGAGGAACCUCCAAAGAUUUUGAAGUUCUGAAAAACAAUAUUGGCGUUUCAAUAAUAAUAAUAUCAUUGUCAUUGUAUUAUUUGCUGUCUGCACUGUGCAUGCGGUAACCCUUACAUAUCAUAAACUAUGUUCUCUGCGAGUUAAAUUCCAGAAGAUAGGUUUCCAGAAUUGGCAUAAGUGUAUUAUAAUAACGCGUUUCGCUUAAACCACAAUCUCGGCGGCGGACACAGACCCGUCUGAACUUGGAACUUUGAAUAAUGUCUCGAAAUCGCGUUUCGCACCAAUGUUAUACGCUGAACUUGACGGUUGGCGGUUAGAUUGAACUUUGUACAACUGUCCCGUUAUUGAUGACAUUGCUAUUGUUCGGUGUAUUGUGAUUACAAAGCCAAAUCACAGCGGUGGUAAUUAUAGUCAACGAAAUUCAUGAACCGUUUCUGGUGUUGAAGUAAUAAAGGGUUGAGAUAUUUUUCAUUAAACCGGCGUUUCGAGAGAAAGUAACUUUAAAUAAUUAAAAUUAGAGGAAAAUCGUGUGAAAAUAGAGUACUAGAGUAAGAAUAAAAAAAUUAUAUGAAAAAUAACUAGCGAGAAAAUAAUUUUUAUGUAUUAAAUGUCAAAAUUGAGGGUUGGGCGAAAAAAUGAUGACAUUUUUUUUUAUACUUACCUACUUGGUUAUUUCAUGUGUAACUUUUUUAAUUAAAGUAUAAGUUCGUAUUGGUGUGUGUAUUAUACAGAAAGAAACAAUUUCCUCCAUUUUACGUCUAAAAUUGGAUGUUAUUAUUUUCAGUUGUUCAAAUUGAAAUAUUAUAUAAACUACAAUGAAAACAAGUCCUAUAACUAAUGAAUUAUAAAACAUUAUAAAGUCAUUAACGUCCAGAUUAUUCAUUAUAAUUAUCUAUUUGUUUUAAUUUAUUAACUUUGGUUUAACAAAGGCCUUCGGAACACGAGAAUUUUUUUUUUUUUAAGUUGUCUAAUAUUCUGUUUCCUCUGUAUUUUUAAAACAAAAUACAAAUUAUGUUGGAAGACAUGUUUAUACAUUAGUCUUCUUCAUAAAAACCCUUUAAGCUUCGUUACUGUUUAGUUAAUAAUAUUAUAGAGUGAGUAAAAAUGUCAGGACAGAGAGAUUGAUUAUUUGUAUAAUAAAUUAACUUUACGUUUUGUGUGUAUGUGUUGUAUAUGUAAUGUAGAAAUUUUACUUAUAAGUUAGCUGUAUACAUAAAAUACCUAUUACAUUGUAGAGAUUGCGAGUUACGAUAAUAUAAAAACCCCUUUUAAUGACAACAUUAUUUUAUGGCGUAGAUACUGUAUAUUUUCUGAAAGGUGUGAUUAAGAACAUAAAGUAUUAAUGUCUGCUAUUAUUUAAAUUUUUUUGUUUUGUUUUUCAAAAAGUCUUACAAGUAAUCGUUCUUUUUUUUGUAACCUACAUACUUAGGUAAAUGUAUUUGAAGCAUGAUGUCACGGUUUGAUCGUCAUUAAUAACGCAAUGUUAAUGAAAAACGAUAGUAAUAAGAACAAAAAUAUAAAAAAUAUGUUUUCAGAGCGUAAAUAUUCUAAACAAUUUAAUUUUAGCGGCGACAGCUUGUAUAAAUAACCUUGUUUUCCUAAACGUUAAGUUUUAUUGUACUUUCAGAAAAUUAUGUUAGACGAAAUAGGUAAAAUAAAAAAAAUAUGUUAAAUUUUCCAAAGAAACCUAGGCAUUUGUUAUUAAAAUUACAAAUUUAAUAAAAUAAUAUUAUGAAAAUACCGAGUUAUCAGAAAUACAUUUUUAUUUAGCGCAUCAAAUAUAUUUUUUAUUUUUAAUAUAUUAUAAUUUUUAGGCAGCUUCAAAUAAUAUUAUGUUUAACUGUUUUCAAUAACAGUUUGUUUUAACCCAUUUACGCCCAGGGUGUCUUAUAUUGUGUAGGACACCAGCCUGGUAACCGUUUUAGGGUCUAUGUCAACAUAAUAAUUUUUUUUUUUAACUUUUAUUAUUUAAAUUCGAUUGAAAUAUAAUUUCUAUUUGUAUUUGAAUACAAAAUUAUU